AAACGAAGGACCCAGGACCUCAACUUUUGAACGAUUUUGAAGUGAAAGCAAAAUUCACACGUUUAUCUACUUUUACAUAUUGAUUAGCUAAUAGCUAUCACAAGUGUUUAUUUUCCAAAAAGUUAGUCGCUAGGACUAGCUGAAAAUGUUUGUGCCGAUUGACGAAACCCGGCCUUCCUUUAAAAGCUACACUUUGAUACUGCCAGCGGUAUCAGUUGGAAAUGUCGGGCAGCUUGCAACAGACCUCAUCAUAUCGACGCUACACUUGGAAAAGGUCGGUUAUUUUCACUCCGAUGGUCUUAUCCCGAUGGUAGGGAACAACCCAUACGCGACUUCGGCAGAAAACGCAAACGAAUUGAGCACCAAUGCAGAAGUAUAUUGUUCUAAAGAAUUGAAACUCACCGUGCUCCAGAUAAGGGCGCCUAUCCUUCAGACAAAGAUCAAGUCGUUCCGGAAAAGCAUUGUUUCUUGGAUAAAAUCAAGUGGAUUCAGCAAAACUGUACUGCUGGCAAGUAGCCAUGCAUACCAAAGGGAUGACCAACAGAUUCAGGGCACCCCUCUGCGCUACCUGCUCAGUCCAGCACUACAACAAGAGGCAGGACCGAGGAUUAAAGAGCUGGAGUGGAGGGAGAUGGAGAAGUUGUGUGCCUUCCCAGGCGUCAGUGACUCUGAACAGAGACUCGUCAUCCCUGGAGGGGGUAUCGCCAAGGGCCUCUACACUGACUGCUGCAAUGAGGACAUCCCCAUGGCAGUGGUGUUGAUUUUCUGCUCAGAGGGAGACAACAUUCCUGAUGCUUUUGCCUUGGGGAAUUAUCUUAACGACUGGCUCCACCUGCUCAGCAAACCUGCCCAGGGCUCAACUCAGUGGAACAUUCCCCCAUCCUGGAAACUGCUGUUUGGCGGCGGCAUUCCUCCAGCAAUAUUCUAAGACUGAACUGGGAAAAAAGACACCUGUACCCGACAUACAAAAAUAGAUAUGCCCAUCACUUCCUUAUGUCUUGGGUCACUUCACCAUACCCUCAUCCGGCCCUCUGGAAAAGCUGGAGGACCACAAUGUUUAGACAUGAAGACAUUCACAUUGAAUCCCCUUUUCAAUUUACCCAAGCCCUUGAACUGAGAAAGCCCUCAGUGUAACAAAGGAGGAGAAAAAAAGCCUGCUGUUCUGUGUGGCCUUUGAUUGUUCUGGGAACCCUAUCAGUCUCUUGAGCAUUUCCUAGGUUUCUGGAAGACUGCCUAUGCUAAUGUGCAGAUAGGAACGCUGCUGGCUGGAUGCCCUGCCUCUUUCCCAGCAGGGCCACUUGCAUUGUGAUGUAAUAGAAAACCAUCCCUCACCUGUUGUAGCAAGCCCGCUAUAGAAAAAAGGAUGGGAACAAAUUACUGUUAUGAAUUCAGAGGUGAAGCUGGGCAUCUUAUUGGAUUGUGGCAGGAAGAUGUUUAGGAAUAUCUUCAUUUUGUGAAAAAGGCACUAGUUAAUGGGCACUGUAAUUUGUCAGAAGUCAAUGUUGUGUGAAGAAACAAGAACGCUUUGUGUUUCGAAACUAAAGGAUGUCAGUUUUA